AGAUGAUGUAUCUAUGUCUAGGGACCCGGAACCGGAGGGUACAUUUGAGGUGAACAAUUCUGAUGCAAUCAUGACUGAAGAAACAAAGGAUGAAGAACCGAAUUUCGAUCCUCCUCUACCGAUAAAUCCAGCAAUACCGUCUCCGUCUAGUAAGGACGAUAGUGAUGUGGAGAACAUUACAAAUUCAUCCGAGUCCAAGUCGCAAGAAUGUAACUAUGCAAAGGGUAAAUGGGUUGCAGACAGCCGGCGCCCGUUGUAUUCCGGGUUUAGUUGCAAACGGUGGUUACCAAAUGUCUGGGCAUGUCGACUAACCCAGCGAACAGAUUUUUCCUAUGAAGGAUACCGCUGGGAACCAAUAAAUUGUCAAAUGCCAGAAUUUGAGCGGUUUAGCUUCUUAAGCAAAAUGCAGGACAAAACGAUUGCAUUUAUAGGUGAUUCAUUAGGGAGGCAAUAAUUCCAUUCCUUGAUGUGUAUGGCCACCGGUGGGGAAGACAGCCCUGAUGUUGAAGAUGUCGGAAGCGAAUACGGAUUUAUCAAACGUUACAAAGGCAUUCGUCUGGAUGGAUGGGCUUACCGGUUCCCAUCCACUAAUACCACCAUUUUAUUUUAUUGGUCUUCAACACUUUGCAGAUUGGAACGAAUUAACAACUCCGAUCCAGAUUCAAGUCUCGCCCUGCAUUUGGACCGUGUGCCAAGUUUCUUGACCAAGUUCCUACACCGUUUUCAUGUGUUGGUUCUGAAUACAGCACAACACUGGAUUAAAGCAAAAUUCAUAGCGAAUUGCUGGAUAAUGCACGUAAACCGGAAGCCUAUCAAAGAAGGAAUACUCAUGGACAUGAUGAAUGUGAAGAACUACACGGUUCAUAGGAUUGUGAAGUGGCUUGAUUCGCAACUCCCGUUACAUCCGGGCCUAAAAGCUUUCUUUCGGACCAGGUCACCGAGGCAUUUAGACAAAACCGGAUUUUGCAAUAAUA